AAUUACACACGGAAUGUGCCAAACUCAACGACCAUCUUGAUGAGAUACUAUCCAAGUUUGUUACAAACGAGUGAUUGUUAGCGUACUUGUAUACCGCUGAUUUAUUUUCGUGAUAUAAAAGUUGUGUGUUGAACUGUGGCAAUACGAUAGAGAGAACUUCUUUAUUUUGUAUAGUUUCUACAUCUUCAUGUUGAGAUCUGCUAAAUCCAACCCCUCGAUCAAAAGGACUAUUACACGCCCAUGUCAUCAAGACCAUCGAAUGAUGAUUGAUGUCAUUUUUAAACAGGAAAUUCCAUUUCUUUUUUUCUCUCUCCUAUGAGGAACGAGUUAUUAGUUCGGAGUGAAAAGGCAACUAAAAUGUUUUCCUCCAUCCUCAGCGUUUCCAUCUGGUAUCCCUUUGACAUAUCCCUGACGGCUGCGACAGCUAGGGCUGUGACUGUUCAUCAUAACCGGGUUUCUUUAUGAUAUAAACGCGCCUCUUGGUUCGUCCCUCUUUGAAAACUCCCGGCAGUUAAGGUCACGAUUAGCGUUGCGAUAAUCGACUGCGACAGGCGCAUGUUGGUUCAAUCACAGGACCGUGCCUGUCAAACACAAGGAUAUUUUGGUAUGAAAUAUUGGUGAAUGCAACACAGCGUGACAAAAUUACCAGAUACAGGCCCGCCAUACCAAAGUCAUCUCAGUCACGGUAUUAGAUGAGGUACCGUCAAGGGCUUUGCAAUUUUGCAGAUUCUGUUUUCUUACCGCCAUUCGUUACAGGAACAUUCAUCACUUCGACCUCUUGAAUUCCUUACGCUUAUUUUCACUUUCGUCACUCACACUUAUAUUGGGAGACUGAUUCUUUUAUUCAAUGGAGCCAUAGAAUGAUGACACAUGUAUUUAUGAUGUUUGAUUUCAUUUGUGUUUAUGCCAACUAAGAAUCGCCAGUCACUCCUUCUCGAGUAUCAUUUGUAAAACUUGAUGACAUCAAAGGUCUUGUUUCAAAGGAGCCCCCGCGACCUUACACAUUCAAAAUGGCGGAUUGUAGUAAUCGACAGAACCGUCGUAUUGCCUUGUUCAUUACGGUUCUCGUUCUCAUUGUCACGGCGGCCAUAAUAACGAUAGUGGUUGUGUCGUCAACGAAGUCAUCGUCAGGAUCACUAUCAUCAAAGAUGACAACUCAAUCAUCUUCAGAUCCAGAAUCUAUGUUAUUAAAAACCACACCUUCACCGCAAUGACGAAAGCCUUUGACGUCAAAAUGGAUAAAUGCAGCGAAUACCAAGUGUUCAUCUCUUUCAUCACUUGAAUCAGACAGCAACUAUUCUCUAUUGGUUACACCCACAACGCUCUCACGAUAGGGACCCCAGCCCGGCGCAGACGUAACAUGACAAUAGCUGCCAUGGAGACGUCUGCAUCCUUGCUUGGUGGUGGUGACGAAUACUCCUACUCAUAUAGGGUCCGAGACCGUCGGAGCAUCUCUGGUGCUAGUUCAACUCCAUCUUCGACAACAUCAUCUACAUCACCUUACAGUAGUUCAUCCAGGACUUCCUCUAGCUAUGGUACCGGCUCAGGCUCUUCGUCGGGUUCGCACACUGUUGCUCUUUCUUCGAUAAUCGCAGGUAUAGAGGUAGUUGGUGACAAGCAGCAGGCAAUCAUCGAACGUCAGGGGAGCAAAACAAAGCUACGUGCUAAGCUCGAAUCGCAAGAUUCAUUGGAUAACUUUCCAGACAAGUACAAAUUCGAGGACAAUAAGCAUGUAUCUGAGGUAGUACACGGACUCAAGUCAUUGUACGAGCAAGGUUCCUUGGUGGACGUGACAUUGAUCGUUGACGAUGAGGAAUUCCCUUGUCAUAAAUGCGUGCUUGCCGCGAGUAGUCCGUAUUUUAACGCCAUGUUUACGACAAAUCUAGCGGAGAGCAGACAGAGUAAGAUCCGUUUAAUUGGAAUAGACGCACCCUCAAUGAGACUUAUCCUUGACUAUGCUUAUACAUCGCAAAUAGAGAUUAAUGAAGACAACGUUCAAGGACUCAUGCUCGCAGUCAAUAUGUUCCAGAUGCCAACAUUACGCGACGCUUGUGCACGGUUUCUUGAGAAACAUAUCACGGUGUCCAACGCAAUUGGUAUCUACUUUUUUGCUGUCGCACACAACUGCGAGAAGCUCGAGGAACUGGCGAAAACUGUGGUAAUGGACAACUUUGUCGAAGUUUGUAAAGAGGAAGAGUUUGUCACGUUAGGGAAAGAUAAGAUUAUCGAUAUCAUUUCCAAAGAUGAGUUGAAUGUAGACAACGAGGAGGUGGUUUACGAAAGCGUGAUGGCUUGGGCCAAGCACGAUCCAGACGCGCGUAGAGCAGACCUCGCAGAUGUUGUAUCUCACAUCCGAUUUGGACUUAUCAGCCCAUACUACAUUCAUGAUGUGGUCGAACGCGAUCGCAUUGUGUCACAUAACAAGGGUUGUCAACAGAUCAUCGACAGCGCUUUACAAUAUCACGUUCUACGGGAUCGUCGCCAAGAUCUUGACAUGACGAAGGUAAACACAACCGCAAGAAAGGGAAUGCCAUUUGCAGAUAUGUUCGUCUUCCUUACCAAUACGAGUGAGAUGCUAAGCGAUAUCAACCAACCCACAACCUACCGCGUCAAGGCUUUACCCGAACUGAUGGACGAUGCAGAAUGUGUCAUAACAGGGGAAAAUAACAUAUUUACCCUUUCGAAACAGCCAACAGAAUAUAGCGGCCGACGUUUAUAUUCCAAUCGCAGAAGCGGUCUAUUUCUCUUUGAUCAUUUUGAAAAGAAAUGGUUACCGCGAGCCGCGAUGAAUGUUGGCCGUUGUAAUUUUAGCUUGUCGGUAUUGGAUGGUCUCAUCUAUGCUGUCGGUGGCUGUGAUGGUGACGAUGCUCUUUCUAGCGUUGAAUGUUACAAUCCUGCCACCAACAUCUGGAAGCAGAUAUCAUCCAUGCCGCAGGUUGUUAGGUUCGGCCAUAAAGUAGUUUCAGUUGGAGGUCGGUUGUACUGUAUUGGUGGAGAGUCUGAAGACACAGUUCUCGAUUCUUUGUUUUGCUACAAUCCGCGGCUUGAUAGCUGGGAAACGGUUGCCAACAUGAUCCUCCCGCGUACUUGCGCUAGCGUCGCCGUGACGAAUCGAGAAAUAUACGUUAUUGGAGGUAGCGUUGCGAUGGGCGAGGUAGGGCCAGAGAAUAUGCUUAAGUCGGUCGAAAUCUACAAUCCUGAGAAUAACGAGUGGCGUUUCGGACCAGAGCUCCCAGAAGGAAGGAUGUCCUUUGUCACGGCAGUAUUAGGUGGCACUAUAUACAUUUUCGGCGGAGAAAAUGGACUUGAUGAUUGUGAGGCGAAGGUCUGGAAGCUUGAAUCUGGUGCAACAGAGUGGAUAGAAGACAAGGGCAAAUGGCCACCUAUAGUUGCGCCAUUCUCGUGUCUCGUCGCCAGAAUGUCUAAGGAUAGUGAAUAGUAAAGACCAAAACAGGACUGACUCUCCUGACCACAUCUUCUUGGGCAAACGAUAAUCACAUUGCAACAUUAAUCACGAUUAUUGCAUGAUACCUUAAGUUAUUUAAUUGCAAUAUUCUUGGUAAAUGGGAAUAAGAUGAUGGUCUAUCGUAUUCCUUAUUUCGAUUUAUAAGCCCCAAGAUAUGAAACUCAUUUUAAAAGCGAUUCGUCUGGGAAUAGUCACUCUGAUAAUGUCUGAACAUAUGAGAAUGAAAUUCUAUGUGGCCGUAGGAAAUUAUUGUGAUGUUUCAAUUAUUUAAUAUUUAUUCAUCUUUGUGAAGUUGUGGUCGUCUUCGUAAGCGAAGGGCGAACAUCGUCGUCAUUUAUUAAUCGUGAAUACUUUGGAAAUACAGAGAUUAAUUUAUACAUACCUUGUUUCCAGUUUUUCACAACCGUGAGAGUUAUCAACUUAUCAUUCAUUUUAUUUCCGUUGAAGUAAAUGAUCAACUCACACUAGUAGUAUGAUUGUAGAAACAAGUGAAAUUCUUAAAAACGAAAACAAAUUAGUGGUUAUUAUACAUCAAUUCUUAAAACAUUUUUACUUGCAUGACCUUUGUCGUUCAUUGAUAGGGAGAAAUUCAUGUUUUACUGUUAUUUGCGCUUUUUAUUGAGUAGCAGUUUAUAUACAGUCAGUAUGUCUUUUAAAACCAUUAACGAUAUUUUACCAGGUCUGUACGUCCUUUUGCGUCUAUCAACAAGUUACAGACUCUUGAACAUGUAAACUUAUGAUCCAAUAGAAAGAACACACAGUCGGCUUUAUUACCAUAUUUAAACGUGCCCCUGAUGUACUAUUGCAAUGAUUUGCGACUUUAUAUGGAUCACGAAGAAUACGAUUAUGAAGAUCCAAAAAUCUACCUUGACUGAAAAAAAAAUUAUAUAAGUCUGUUGAGGAAUUAGUGAAUAGGCGCAAAGGAAUUGACAGCCCCUGUGUAAAAGUAUGUAGAGAUAUCGUUAACGCUAAAGCCCCCGUCACACUUAUUUGGAAUCCAGCAAAACCAGCCGGAAUGAACAUUUUUCGAAAUUCUAGCCAGAUUCGGGAGGGAUUUUCGAAUUGAUCUAAAUUUGUAAAAUGCCGUUCGAUGACCUCAAUGCUCCUCAGUGCUGACUGACGUUGCAGCAACAGCUAGCCGUGCUUUCAUGCGAUUCGAUUCUCCCAUGAAUGCGAUCGGAAUGUUUCGAAUGUUGUUGAAAUGUCGUCAGAAUAUUUGGAAUGCAGUCAGAGUGCUAUUGGACUGCACUUUGAAUGCCGUUCGAUAUUUUUCCAGUUCGAAUGCACCUCGAAAGUUUUGAGCAUGAGCAAAACAUUCGGGCCGGACACAAGAAUGGACUCGAAUAUUAGAAUGCACUCAGAAUGCAGUCAGAAUUUUUAGAAUGCACUUCGAAUAUCCAGGAAUGUGCCAAGAAUUUUCAUUCCGACGGCAUUCCGCCUCUAGUGUGACUAGGGUAUAAAAGAAAACAAGUUUAUCAUGUUUAUCUGUGUUAUAUACUUCGAGUUCCUCCAUGCAUUUCCACUGUCAAAUAUUUCUAUGCAUCUUUAGCCAGCGUUUUAUAGUAAAGCAAAGCAAUUAUAAGAUGGUUAAACGCUUGUAAUAUCGGCCUAAAUUAUUUCCACAAAAAAAAUUACAACUGUAAAUUUAUUAAUUGUUUGGCUGAAUAGGUAUAUGCUAAAGCAAUUGUAAUUGAAUCUCAUUAUUAUGCCUUUAAUAGAUAAUACGAAAUCAGUUUCCGUAACUUGAAAUACAUGUAGAUCAUUAGGAUUUACAAAUUGUGCACAGCUACACUCUAAUAAGAAUAGGUUCAGCUUUGCUCCCUUUCCAAUUAUUGGUCACAAUGGAAGCAACUUUAAAGAUCCGACUGUGCGCCUGAAUUGCACCUUUCAGAAAGGGGAACUUUUUUAAAGGUGCUCCCAGUGUACAGAGAUGAAAUCAGUAUUCAUAGAAUGUACGAUCCAAUGAAUAAAAAUGGUGGUAUUUUCGAUGGUCGUUAUCUGCUACAUAUUCGUGCACCCUUGUACCAAAUAUCUCGUGGUGUCCUAGACAAUGAUAGAUAGUUUUAGUUACAGGACGGUAGCUUGGAGGUUCCAUGACAUUUGCUCCGACGACAAUUUCUCUGUUGGAAAAUCUACACGUUAAGCCAAACAUAAAACCUAACCCCCGUAACUAUAUAUAAACCCUAAUACUAAUCUUUACAUCAUUCUGAAACAAAAAUUCUGCUACAAUCCUAACUCUCAUCCUAUGCCCUUUGAGAUAUUAAGAUCGGAGCAAAUGUCGCAGGAGCAAAUGUCGUGUCACCAGCUUGGAUGGCGGUAAGCCAGAGAAUAGUCCCUUCGUGCAUAAUGGAAUAUAAAUGAGUCAAAUUUUCAGGUUUCCAUGACAUUAUAAAGAGCCAACCGUCCAUACUGGACGGAACGAUGUUCUCUGUCAGUGAGUAUAUUUUUAAUUGGCGAGGUGGCAUUUGAGCAUCAUAAUUAUCAACGUGUGCUUCGAAUUCCAUUAUUCCCCCAGUAACUGACUUACAUGCUUCCAUCCAGAUAACGUUUAACUAUUACAAAAUUUGCACUUGGUGUUACUUUGAAAUAUUUACCGUAAUAGCAAUCUGGCGAGAAACAUCUAAUAGUUACUUACUCCCUAGAUAAGUGGAUUCAAAAGUAAAUAUUAUUUUUUGAAGUUUUGAAUCGAAGACACGAAAUCUAUGUCAAGGGAGCAGUGUUACACGCUGUAUUAGAGGUACUAGUAAUACGUGUUAGUCUUUAAAAACCCGUACUAUUUCCUGUGGGAAUAUACUGACAUGCCUUGAAAUUAGUACUUCAGCAGAGAUGAGUCGGUGUAUCAUGUUUCGAUAUAUCCAUCAGUUCAUUUGAAAGAUUAUCGUCUAUUUUUUAAACUAAAUAAUUCAAUUCAAAAUUUAAAGUCGGUAUGUUCUUUACAUCAUUAAAAAGCUUUUGGCUCACACGAUUCGGACGUUAACGCCUGACGCGAAGUUUACUAUGUCCUUUUGCAAAGGAAACGCCAACGCAGGACAUUGUCAUUCAGCUCGUAAUUCUAAUAUUUGUAAAUGAUAUGAAUAUGAACAUAACCGAGUUUGAUGACAAAAUAACGCGUCUGUUAUUGUUUCCUAAUUAUCUUUCCAGCUUACUCGCUUCACUUACUCGAAUCGGAUCGAUUAUCACACAUUAAUACCAAGAAACAGGUGUAUAUUAGGGGUGUAAUCUUUGGUGCCCCGCCUCCUCCCUCAAGAUGAAAUCACCGGUCCUGCGCACGCACACGCGAACACCCACGCACACACACACACCCGCACCAUCACACACUCACUGACAUACACCACAACAUAAAUGCAUACACGAGUAGUAAGUGUGGCUUAAGAAGGUAACAGAAAUGGCGUUUUGUUUGCAAGAGACACACAAUUUCUUGGUAUCUGUCGGGCGUCGGGCGUUAGUAAGUCCGUGUGACUACUUCUUUUCUAAGAAUAACCCGUCUUCGCACUAAAAUGUAGAACUAUCAUCAGCCCGCAAUCGUUCGUCGCCUGACAGAUCCAAUUUAGCUAAUUUCAAAAUGCAAAUCGUUCAUAGGCGUCGGACGAGGAUAAUGAAGGGUUACCUGGAAAUCAUUGUCCUCGUAUGGUUGUGAAAAACACACCAUAACAUUUAUACGGCCCAUCCCAAAUUUUCAUCAAUGCUCUUAUGGAUUUAAGAAUUUACUUAAAUGCGAUUCACGUAGAUGUUACAUAUACAAUGUACAUCCAUGACAAAUGUUUUAAAGAAAUUCGUCAAUAAUUUUUAAUGCAUUCUAGGGGUACGAGAUCAGAAAGUUAUUAUCAGUAAGAAACAUAAUCUGCAGAUAUUCUUCAUAUGACAGAUUGCUAUAUGGUAUAAAGACAAGUGCAUUUUCUUUCUGUUACCCUACGAUUGGAAUGUGUAAUAAUAUUUAAAGAUUAGCAGAUAACGUAAUCAUACCAAUAAUAAAGGACGGACGUGUAUAGGCGCAAGAAUUACUAACUAUAAACAGAGUUGAAACCUACAAAUAUGAUUAUGAUAUUGUUGAAUGCUUCUUGCCAAUCCUAAUUCAAAACGGUUUUUUAAUGCUUUAUGACAAAAGUCGUUUGUUACAUUGUUGCGCAAUGAAUUAGUGAUGUUAUUAUAUUUACACGUCAAUGUAUAUCUACAUAUAGUUGAUUAAAACGUUUUUGAUGAUUCUA